GUUCCGCGAUACAACCUUUUCCCUAACGCCAGUUCUCAAUGCUCACCAACACAAACCCCCGGCGCCGUCGCAAAAGUUCCUCAACAACGUCUCGUUCUCGUCGUUUUCCACGCUUACCGCGAGAACAACCCCCAAAACACUUUCGCGUAUCUUUCCGCUCCCACUCGCCUAUACCUUUUCAAGGUUAACCCACAUUUCGUUUGUUUUGGUGCCUCUUUUUAAAGCAUCCUCAAGCAUUUCCGGGCUCUUGUGAAACGUUCUUAACCUGUGCGCUCGCCUGCCGAUAACAACUCCAAGUUUCCCUGCGAAACGAUACUGUGAAAUACCGUUUUUAUACAUAUUCCUACCGUUGUGAGGGGUUUACGGAGCCCGGAGGACCCAAACGUAUCCGCUGACACGAAGUUACCUUUUAUAAUUAUCCUCCGGAGACUCAGCCAACCGGGGAAACUUCACCUUCGCUCGUCGUCCUCGAUUUAACACUGUUUCGACCGCCUUCACCUGUUGGGACCAUCGGCUUUGAGUGCGUGCCGGGCUUCCAUCCAGGAAAGUGCUUCCGAAUCCGAGUUUCGUUAUGCGAGACUCAGAGUGCAAUUGUGUCCGCGUCUAGUGAGAAUUGUUGGCAAGCAAAUCGCUUAUUUUCGACUCUGAGCUUCAAUUUUGUUCCUCGAUUCGAUGACAUUGACUGUUGAGUAUCAAAACACGAGGAGCGACGAGUGUUGACGAGAGAUCGGUAGGGAUCGACGAGUCGAUUGCGACUUCAAGAUUGGAGUGAUGCAAUCAAGGCGAGCAUAAAGCGAUUGAACGAGGUCGUCGAGCAUGGGGCUGGCGAGGAGGCCGCCGCGCAUCUGCGGUACGAUGGCAGCGAUUCUGCCGAUAAUGAUUCUCCUGGCGGUGAACGAGUGUCUGGUGAGGGGGGCUUUCGCGAACGUGCGAUCAGAUUCGGCGAUCGGAGCAGCGAACAGCGUGGGGCCGCUGUCCGGCAGCGGUGGCGGCGGUUCAUCGGCGGGGUCCUCGUCCUCGUCGGCGUCCUCAUCCUCGGCGGGUUCGUCGUCGCCGUCUUCCUCAUCGGCGAUCGGGGUUCUUCCAGGAAGUUCCGGGAGCUCCGGGAGUCUCGGGAGCGGCGGGAGUGGAAGCGGCCUGAGCAGCAGCGGAAGCGGGCACUCGGUGAUGGGGGGCUCGAUGAUGGGGAGCAACAGCAGGUGCGAGGACAUAAAGAUCCCGAUGUGUCACGGGAUCGGUUACAACCUGACGGCGAUGCCGAACGAGCUCAAUCACGACACCCAGGACGAAGCGGGCCUGGAGGUCCAUCAGUUUUGGCCGCUCGUUGAAAUAAAGUGUUCGCCGGAUCUCAAGUUCUUCCUUUGCUCCAUGUACACGCCGAUCUGCUUGCCCGAGUACAGCAAACCGCUGCCCGCCUGCAGAAGCGUUUGCGAACGCGCUCGCGCCGGCUGCGCUCCUCUUAUGAGACAAUACGGUUUCUCGUGGCCGGAGAGAAUGGCCUGCGAGAGGUUGCCGGUUCAGGGUGACCCGGAGAACCUCUGUAUGGAACAGGACAAUCACGCGUCUACGAACGGCGGGGCCGGCGGAAGCGGCGGCAGCGGCGGACCGGCGAGCAGCGCCCCGCUACCAGCACCCGGUCCACCACGAGCGACCCGACCGCCAAAAACUUCGCUGCCGGCGCGCUGCAAGCCCGGCAAGAAUCAAAAAAACUGCCAGCACCCCCCAGGGGACAGGACGAGGGACUGCACGUGCAGGUGCAGAGCACCCCUCGUGACCCUGGGGGCGGUAGGAAACGGCCACGGGAGCACUCUAGGGGGCAUGCACAUGGUCGGAAGUCAUGGGCUAGCGGUGCACCCGGGACUCGUAGGAAUCGCACCGAGCCAGGACACUGUCGUGCUGUCAGAUUGCGCCCUGCCCUGUCACGGGGCCUUCCUAACCGGGGAAGAACGCGACUUCGUGGCGGUAUGGCUGGCCAUGUGGAGCGGCCUGUGCGCCGCAAGCACCCUCACCACCGUCACCACCUUCCUCAUCGACACCCAGCGUUUCAAAUAUCCUGAGAGGCCGAUAGUCUUCCUCUCGGCUUGUUACUUCGUCGUAUCCCUCGGGUAUCUGGCGAGGAGCGUGCUGGGUCACGAGGAAAUCGCCUGCGAAGGUUCGGUCCUGAGGUCCGGGGCUCAAGGGCCGGGGAUGUGCGUCACGGUCUUUCUCAUGAUCUACUUCUUCGGCAUGGCAUCCUCCGUCUGGUGGGUUAUCCUCGCGUUCACGUGGUUCCUGGCGGCCGGGCUCAAGUGGGGCAACGAGGCGAUAGCCUCGUACUCCCAGUAUUUUCACCUCGCCGCGUGGCUCGCGCCGACCGCCCAAACGGUCUGGGCCCUUCUCGCCGGGGGCGUAGCCGGCGAUCCCGUCGCCGGUGUCUGCACCGUCGCUCCCGAAGGAGUCCGGACCUUCAUACUCGUGCCGCUGCUAGUUUAUCUGCUACUGGGAACGAGCUUCUUGCUCGCCGGAUUCGUCAGUCUAUUCAGGAUACGCUCAGUGAUAAAACGCCAGCCGGGAGCGAAAGCGGACAAAUUGGAGAAGCUAAUGAUACGAAUAGGAGUCUUCUCCGUGCUGUACACGGUCCCGGCGAGCGCGGUACUUGGCUGUCAUCUCUACGAAUCGACCCUGAGGGAGGCGUGGCUUGGAUCCCUCGCUUGCCCGUGCCUUCCCCGCUCCCGGCCCCUCUACUCCGUACUAAUGCUAAAGUACUUCAUGGCCCUCGCGGUCGGUAUAACUUCCGGGGUAUGGAUAUGGAGCGGAAAGACCCUCGACUCGUGGCGAAGACUCUGGAGACGUCUCUUCGGCGGAGGCGUAGGCGCCGCAGGUGGAAAUGGCGCAGGUAUGGCUGGAGUGACCGGCGUCAGCGGAAUCGGAAGCGCAAGCAUCAAGGGAGUCGUAGGACGUGCCGUCAUGCCCCAGUACCAGACACCCUCCGGACCGGGUAGCGCUCUAUUGCCACCCGGUAGCGUCGCGAGCGCCUCCCAGCAUCAUCUUCAUCAUCACGUACUCAAACAACCACCUCUCUCGCAUGUAUGACGUCACCAGUCGGCGGGUGGCGACAUGAGCACCGCUGGUUGCGACGGGCAGCAACAGCAAUCUCAGCUGCAACAAGAGAGGCCCUCGGCCCUCAGCAACUACGGGCCCAUUUAGCCCUUCGCCUCGGCCUCACGCAGGCACACGCCACACACAGCGCCUCACACACCCCAUUCAGCGGCUACCAUUUACUCGAGGCGCUCAUUGGCUUCGACCACUGGGCCGCUGACACCGGCUCAUGGCCUGGCACCGUCCUACACUCAGGCCACUGACGUAUGAGAUCGUCAAUGGUUCACCAGCCAAUAAGAGGCCAUUCGUCAAACGAACGUCGUCAGCCUUUUCGCAUAUCUCCAAAUUCCUCUUCGCAGCGCGGAUUCACAUUUCGUUCACUCUCCGAACAAAAAUAACCUGGAUCGAUCGAGUAACCGUUGCGCACUGGCUUCGUCCGACCAAAUCGUUCUUAUAGAAAACCGACGUUCCCGCGGCUGCUCUCCCUAGCUUCGUCGCGAUCCAACGAGGACUCGCCCAUUUAUCGUUUCGAUCUUCACGAGACUGUCUUCGAUCCCGUGAACCCAGCACUAGUCUCAACUCCGGAGCUACGAAAAGCGCUCAUUCCGAAUACCUCACGGAUGUCGAUUGACGAUGAUUUUAUUAUUGGUUAACGUGGACACGCUCCUCAUACCAACGGUGCAUAUUGUGGGCAAACAAAAGCAAACUUUUAAACGCGACUGCCGCACGACCGAAUAUACGUAUUUCGAUAAACAUACAAAAAUAAGUUUAAAAUAAUAUAAAACGAAAACAAAACAAAAAAAACACAAAAAAAAAGAAAAGGAUAAAGUAAAACAUUGGACGAAAGAAACGAGAGACCGUAAGAGCUUCCGCGUGGAAUUAUCUCUGCACCAUCGUUGCCAUUCUUCUUCGGCGAUCUUGCUUUUGCCCUUUUUCGGUGGAUCUCAUCGUGGAUUCGUGGAAAACAAUAGCCGGAGGCUUGUUUUUCAAACUUUCACCGUCCGUGAAUGACUAGGACCUCUGUGUGCGUGUGCGUGUAUGUGCAAAUGCACGAGUGUGAAUUCCGAAUUGUCGAAUCGUCUUUCGAGACUCCUCUAUGGCUAUAGCGAGUUUCUAAAACUCUUGAGCGUAUGUUUGUGUGUUUGUGUGUACGGGUCGAACGUGCAAUUGUACCGGUGUGCGUGCCAUUGACAAAGGACGAACUGAAAACCGCUGAAAAACAUUUGAAUCGAAUUUGACUUCGAAUCCGUGCACUUUCCUCGCCAACCAAAUACUAUGGAAUUUCGAUUCGCGACGCAUCUUUAUACAGGGAAUUUUCGAAGGGUCGUUGCGAACUUUUAUCGUCGGUUAAUUAAUCCCCAUUCUUUUCCACUUUCACCUCUUUUCGUCUCAGCCCCCCCCCCCCCCCCGCCCGCCCUCCUCUCCCGCGGAUUUGACGUUACCAUGGAAUUUGCUCGUUUUUUCUCAUCCCUCACCUUUCCGUUUUACUGCAUGCCAAUCGUGCUUGCGAAAUCGUCAUUUUCGAAGGGUCUCAAGAUUAUUUCCAUAUUUUAAUUGCGUUCGUUUCCACUCGAUCAAAAAACCAAACGACCCCGACGCCAUUCGUGAUAAAAUGAGAGCAAAAAUCACUUUUUACCACCGGCAAACUGAAAUUUGAACUUCUUUCCGAGAAAGCCACGAGACUCUUCGAAUUCGUGCAACGUUCCAAGCUGCGUAAAACGGGGGCGAGGAUGUGGAAGGAAGAAAAAAAAAAACAAAACAAAAAACGUAAUCGUAAGCCGACGACUAAUCGCUCUGUAAAUAUAAACGAAAAAGUAUAAUACGAUUUAGAAGGUACAUAGUUUAUCGUUGUAAAUAAGAACGUCGUACGGGAGUUUUGGCAAAGCGUCGACAGAUCCGAGAGCACAACUCGAAAUGAUGAUAAAGCGAAUGGGGCUUGGCUGGUCGAAUGUAUAUUUUAACUGGGGAAAGAAAGUGUACAGAUUUUCCCUCAAUUGUGUUUCAAUCGUCAUUACUUGUAAUUAUUUUUUUCUUCGUUUUAUGGUUUUUUACACAUAUCUGUACGGCGAAGCGGAUUGGAAGGAGAGGGAGGGCUUAAAAAAACCCCGUGAUCUUGCCACGAGAAGAAAAUGCAAAAAAAAAUGAGACCCUCGCGCGCGAAUGUGUAGGAGGAAAGUGUAUCGAGCGAAUGACGAACGAAUAACGUACGCUUGGACGAAAAUAAUGCAUUUACCGUGUCUCUCGAUUUUUUGUUUGUACAUUUUUUUUCAACUUUUCAACAUUAUUUUUUAUUUUCGGAUAAACCAAUGUUUUUUAUACCGCAAAGCGAGUAGAGAGUAACGCACGCACGUUUCGUCUAUUCCGUAGGAAUAUCGUGCCGUGCGUAGUAUCCAGUGUAAUUCGUCGUAAGGGGUAAAAAAAAAACAACUUAAUGAUUAUUCAUUGUCGAAGUACGAAUGGGAUCGAAUCGCAUAUACAUAUAUAUUAGGGUGUGUCGAAAAAAAUCGAUAUUUUUUUUCGGGCUCCACAAGCAUUUUUCUUCUUAUUAUGCCAAACGAUGAAGCUAGCCCGAAACAGCCCGAAAUAAAAUUAUUUCGGCCGGCCCACCGCAUACUUCAAUUCUCCAUAAGAAUAACACGUGAAAAAAAAACUUCGGUGAACAUUGUUCCAUAUCAUCUUUAAAAAAAAAUGCACAGAUAUUCUACUUACGUAUUUUUGUAGAGAAUUGAAUUCCCUACAAAAAAAAGUCCUCAGAGUCAUUGGCCUAGAACCAACCGUUCAAUGGCUACAGCAGUUUGAAGUUUCUGACGUCACCUAGCCAGAUUUCGCAUGUAUCAUUUCCUAUUUUCGAGGUCGCUCCCUUUAACGGUGCUGUUUAAAUUGGGCUAAAGCCUAUGUUUUUUUAUAUUUAAAAAAAAUUAAGACUGAAGCAGUUCGGCAUUACGCCAACGUGUGCGCUUACAGCGCUCAAACGGUUCGGUAUUACGCCAACAUGUAAUUAUAAUAAGUUAAUCAAUUCAAUAGUAAGCACGGGAAAUAAAUUGAACUGUUUUCUCUCUCUCUCCCUCUCUCUCUCUCUCUUUUCCUAUGUAUAUUUGUAUCUGUGCAUUUGGUUUGGUUAAUUGAAUUUCAUAAUUUAUUCAAACAAAUAGUGGAAAGACAAACAAUUUAUGUCGUUCGUUCAAACAAAUGAGAACAGUAUGUACCCGAUAUUUUUGCCUAGAUAACGAUCCUAGAAGCUAUUUUUGAAAAACUAUACUUAAAAAUAGUUUUCAGUCCAAUUUAAACAGUACCAUUAAAAGUAGCGACCUCGAAAAUAGGCAACGAUACAUGCGAAAUCUGGCCAAGUGACGUUAGAAACUUCAAACUGCUGUAAUCGUUGAACAAUUGGUUCUAGGCCAAUGACUCUAACGACUUUUUUUGUAGGGAAUUCAAUUUUCUACAAAAAUACGUCAGUAGAAUAUAUGUCCAAUUUUUUUUACAGAUGAUAUGGAACAAUGUUCACCGAAGUUUUUUUUUCCCAUGUUAUUCUUAUGGAAAAUUGAAGUAUGCGGUGGGCCGGCCGAAAUAAUUUUAUUUUGAGCUGUCCUUUUGGCUAGCUUCAUCGUUUGGCAUAACAAGAAGAAAAAUGCUUGUGGAGCCGGAAAAAAAAAUAUCGAUUUUUUUCGACAUACCCUAAUAUAUAUAUAUAUAUAUAUAUGUACGUGCGUGGAAACCCGUGUAUAAACAUGUGGAAUCGUGGCACGGGUGUGUCUCCGGAGUAACAAUGGAGUUUAGAAUCCCGAGUGAAAUGUUGUGAAAAUACUGGAAAACAUACAUUUUUCAAAAUAAUAGUCAUAAAAAUAGUGGUAAUAAUAAUAAUAAUAAUGAUAAUGAUAAUAAUAAAUAACGAUGAAAAGUCACGAUAUCCCGUGUUCCGAAACCGCCCAGUCGAAAGUAGCUCUGUAGAAUCACCCGUGAGUAUCUAAAGAAACAGUAAAAGAAGGGAAAAAAAAAGCAAAAAACAUCCGUAUAAAUAGGUAACUUUAAGCACGCGUAACGCGUUUUUCACCCCAAUUGAAAGAGGAAAGGUAUUGCGUGUUUGUUUGCGUCGUUUCGAUUGCGAAUGAGAUGACGAAGAGAGAGCGGGGGACGAGCGUGUUUCGUGAACUUUCGAAAUACUAAUAGUGACGAUGAAAAAUGUUUAUUCGUGCGAUGUUUCGAUCGGCCCAUGUGCAAUUUCGAUUCAUUAUAUCCCUCGUUUCGAGCGCUCUGAGAUUCUUUCGAAAAUGUUUCUACUCAAAAUGUUUGUCAAAAGAUUUGCACGAAUGCAAAAAAAAACAAGGGAAACGGUCGUAAAUGAAAAUACUCGAAAUCUACGAGAAUGAAAAAAGAAAACUUGCACUGCCUCGAUAAAAAAAAAGUGUACUCGACCAUUCCCACCUUCGGUAUUUUCAUUCGCAUAAAAAGUUUUCACACGAAGCCCCGAUAGAAGAGGACCGUCACCCGUGCGCGUUUGCGCGGCAAACGAAAAUAAUCGCGUUACCGUCAAAGCGAAGUGCGAAAUUGUAACAUAGUAGAUUUACCGAAAAGCGUUUUUUUAGCCUUUCUUUCUCUCUCACAUAUCACGUAAUGUCGUAACAAGGAAGAAACUUAACGAAGCCAUAUUGACGAAACGAACAAAUUAAGAGUAGUGAACAAAAGUAAUAUUAAAAGAAGAAGAAGAAGAAGAAGAAACUUCGUUUUUACCGAAUGAAUGAAUGAAGAGUGAAAAGAAAAAGGAACAAAAAUUUAGUAGCGCCGUUAAAGUAAAUAAAUUGAUUGAAAAGAUUGAAAAAGAAAGAAAAAAAAAAAAGCAGUUGAAGGAGAGAAGAGGAAUUUAUAUACGAAUUAGUUUUAAGCCACUUUUUGUCACGAUGAUUGUCAAUAAAAAGUAAAAGUAUCCGUAAAAUUAUAAGUAGCGUGAUGUAUACCCGAUGGAAAAUAUUUCGUUUUCAUUGUCGUCGUCGUCGUCGUCGUUUUCUUCGUUUGAACUGUACAUUACAUGAUACAUAUAUAUAGUCUACACUAACGGAAGGUUAAAAGCAGAGGUAAACACAAUUUCACCCACUUCGCCCCUUUCCUACGUCUCAAAGUAUCGCCUUAAAGCAUUUUCGUUCGACUGACAAGAGCAAUGAAAAAAAAAAGAAUUUUUUAAGAUACGGAAAUCAAAAUUGUAUACGAUUUUUAAUACACUUUAUUAUAAUAAUUAUUAUUAUUUAA